GAGGCGGCGUUACUAAGAGCUUCUUAGCUGACUGUUGGGAACUGUGCUGUCACGUUUUUGACGUGAAAUAAAUUCUGGUUUUUAUUUUGGCGAUAUAACGCACAUUAAAGCCAUGUCUCUUCACGUACCUAAAGCCCCUGGUUUUGCACAGAUGUUGAAGGAAGGCGCCAAGCAUUACUCUGGACUUGAAGAAGCAAUCUUUAGAAACAUACAAGCAUGUAAAGAGUUGUCUCAAACAACACGAACAGCGUAUGGACCAAAUGGCAUGAAUAAGCUGGUUAUUAAUCAGCUAGAAAAACUGUUUGUCACCAAUGAUGCUGCUACAAUUUUAAGAGAAUUGGAGGUUCAACAUCCUGCUGCAAAAAUGAUAGUUAUGGCUUCUCAUAUGCAAGAACAAGAAGUUGGAGAUGGCACAAAUUUUGUGCUAAUUUUUGCUGGUGCUCUUCUAGAACUUGCAGAAGAGCUUCUCAGGAUGGGACUUUCUGUAUCGGAGGUAAUUGAAGGUUAUGAAAUUGCAUGCAAAAAAACUUUGGAAAUUCUUCCUGACUGUGCGUGUGCUUCAGCAAAAAACCUGAGAAACACCGAAGAAGCAGCAUCUUAUAUCCGUACAGCAGUAAUGAGUAAACAGUAUGGCAAUGAGGAUUUUCUAUCACAUUUAAUUGCACAAGCAUGUGUGUCUGUUUAUCCGGAAUCUGGUCAUUUUAAUGUUGACAGUGUAAGAGUGUGCAAAAUACUGGGGUCUGGGAUAUCUAGCUCUUCAGUACUUCAUGGAAUGGUUUUUAAAAGAGAAACUGAAGGAGAUGUCACAUCGGUUAAAAAUGCAAAAAUAGCUAUUUUUUCCUGCCCAUUUGACUGCAUGGUGACAGAAACUAAGGGGACAGUUUUGAUUAAUAAUGCUGAAGAACUUUUGAGCUACAGUAAAGGUGAGGAGAACAUGAUGGAAUCACAAGUAAAAGCCAUUGCAGAUGCUGGAGCAAAUGUUGUGGUAACUGGUGGAAAAGUUGCAGACAUGGCCCUUCACUAUGCUAAUAAGUAUCAGCUCAUGGUCAUCAGGUUGAAUUCAAAAUGGGAUUUAAGAAGAUUGUGCAAAACUGUUGGAGCUUCUGCUCUUCCACGACUUACACCACCCACUCCAGAGGAAAUGGGUUACUGUGAUAGUGUUUAUUUGACUGAAGUUGGUGACACACAGGUGGUGGUUUUUAAGCAUGAUACACAAGACUGUAAAAUUUCUACUCUUGUAAUCCGAGGGUCUACAGAUAAUCUAAUGGAUGAUAUUGAAAGAGCAGUAGACGAUGGAGUCAAUACAUUUAAAGUACUUGUAAGGGACAGUAGACUUCUUCCCGGUGCUGGAGCAACAGAAAUUGAAUUGGCUAAACAUAUUACUACUUUUGGAGAGUCUUGUCCUGGGCUAGAGCAGUAUGCAAUUAAAAAGUUUGCGGAGGCUUUUGAAGCAGUCCCUCGAGCUCUUGCUGAAAACUCUGGUGUGAAGAGUAAUGAACUGAUAUCCAAAUUAUAUGCUGUUCAUCAAGAAGGAAAUAAAAACAUUGGAUUUGACAUUGAGAAUGAAGGAGCAGCAGUUAAAGAUAUGCUGGAAUCUGGCAUCUAUGAUCCAUACCUUGCAAAGCACUGGGGAAUCAAACUGGCCACAAAUGCAGCUGUAACUGUACUUGGAGUAGACCAGAUAAUUAUGGCAAAACCAGCAGGGGGACCAAAAGCUCCACAAGCAAAGAAGGAUUGGGAUGAAGAUCAAGAAUAAGCAUUUUUAGUGUCUUGUACAUGUUUGCCUUUGUUUUGAAAUACUCAUAACAUUAAAUUUAUUGUGCUGUUGUCAUUCUAA